AUGGAGGAGUUCUAUUUGGGAGAGGUUCUCCUGAAAUUCUAUACUUCAUCGUUCAUUGUCCUUAUUCCCAAGAUUAAAAAUCCCCAAAGUUUUGUCAAGUUUCGGAUUAGUGUUUGUAAUGUCAUAUAUAAGGUGUUCUCCAAGAUUCUGGUUGCGAAGAUCUCUUUGGUUCUUGGGGAUGUUAUCUCACAAGAACAAGAUAUGAGUCAGGCGUAUGACCGAGUUGAUUGGAGGUUUCUGGAGCAUGUCCUUACUGCGAUGGGUUUUCAGUCCAAGAGGGCUCUUAGGCAAGGGGAUCCGCUAUCGCCAUACCUAUUUAUUAUCCUAGAAGAGGUUUUCUCCCGGUUGCUUAAGAAGCGAAUGGCGGAUAGUCAUCAUUUCUAUCAUCUGGUUGGUGCUCCUAGAAUUUUCCAUUUAUUAUAUGCCGAUGAUGUUAUGAUUUUUGCGAAUGCUAGUAAGAGGUAUAUUCGUUGUUUAAUGGGUGUUUUGCAUGAUUAUGAGAAGUGGUCGGACAGCAGGAAGAGAGACACUUUGGUUGAGACUGGGUUCGUGGAAGGCAAAUUUCCAUUCACUUAUCUGGGUGUUCCAAUUGUAGAUGCGAAGCUUAAGGCUUCCCAUUUUGGCCCCCUCCUUGAAAAAAUAGGAAAGAAAGUGUCUGGUUGGAAAAGUAGGCUUCUUUCGCAAGGGGGUCGGUUAAUUUUGUUAUGGCAUGGUGGUAAAAGCAAGUGGAAGUGGAGGGCAUGGCAGAAGAUGUGUGUGCCGGUGGAGGAGGGAGGUAUUGGUGUGAGGGAUCUUGAUGAGAAUGGGCAUAUGGUGCUUAGUGCUGAGAGUAGUUCAGCCUCUCUGUUUUGGAAAAAGAUAUCGGAAGUAAUGCCAACUUUGUGGGAGAGUACAAAAUGGAGGGUGGGGGAAGGAAAUGUAUCCUUGUGGCAUGUAGAGACUUUAGAGCAUGUCCUUGCCAAAGGGGAUUUUGUCGUGGAAGUCUGGAAGAUGGCAUCGGCUAAGUUUGGGGUUCCUUUUGUUCCUCAGCUGGGUUGUCAGCAAAGAGUACAUGUUUGA